AUGGUGCAAAACUAUGUUUCAUUUGUGAAAUUAGCUAGUAAAGAACAAAUGAUUGUACCAACAUUUGAUAUUGAUCUAAUAUGGCAUGCUAGCAUGAAUAAUCCAUCAGAAUAUGAAAAAAUAUCAAAAGCUCUUUGUGGCUUUCUCCUUGAUCAUAACGACUCGAUUGACAAACGCACUUUGAAAAAGGCUUAUAAAGAAACAGCUGCUCGAUGGAAGAAUGCUUAUACGAUAAAAUAUGGCCAGAAUAUUGACAAAACUUCUUUAAGUACAUCACAAUACGUUAGCAGUUGUGCGAUGAUAGUUGUACCAGUUUUGUAUACAAGUAGUAAUUAUGGCACGAAUAUUGGUGGUGGAAGAUGUGGCGGGGGUGGCGCUGGAGGAGAAUGCGACGGUAGUGGUGGCCAUGCAGGAUGUGCAGGAGGUGGCGGUGAUGGCGGUGAUGGCGGAGGAUGUGACGGAGGUGGCGGUGAUGGCGGAGGAUGUGGUGGGUGUGGUGGAUGUGGCGGAUGUGGUGGAUGUGGUGGUUAG